UCUCCUCUCUUCUCUCUCUCUCACUUCCGACACUUCUCCUCUCUUCAUAUAUCAACAAAAAUCUUCAGCGCAGAAUCGGAAGAGAGAGUGAGAGAUUGAAAUAGAAAAAAUCUUCGUUUUUUCUUUUCUAUUUCUACAUUUGGUAGACUCUAAAUUUGGGUUUUUUUUUAGCUGAAUUAAGAAAAAAAGCCCUAAUUAGUUUAGAAGGGUUUACAUUUUUUUUUUUAAUUUUUUUCUUUUAGAUUUUAAUUCAGGGGUUUAUGAGAAAGAUCGGUGUUUGAGGUUGCAUUUGAUAAAGGGAGUAGAAGAUUGUUGGUGUGGGUUUUAGAUGUUUUGAUUUUUUUAUAAAUUAGGUUUUUUUCUCUUCUUUUUUUUCUAUUGAUUGAAUAUGGAAGGAAGAAGGGUUGUUUCAUCAAGCCCACGCCCUUGUUCAGGUCGUAGAGUUUUAGCGAAGAAAAGACCUCGUGUUGAUGGAUUUGUCAAUAGUGUUAAGAAGCUUCAGAGAAGAGAGAUUUGUUCUAAGAGAGAUCGUGCUUUUAGUAUGAGCAAUGCCCAGGAACGAUUCAGGAAUAUUGGGUUACAGGAGGAGUAUGAUACUCAUGAUCCCAAGGGACACUGUCCUAUGGUCCUGCCAUUUUUGAAGAAGAGAUCAAAAAUUAUUGAGAUAGUGGCAGCACGUGACAUUGUCUUUGCUCUUGCACAAUCUGGUGUAUGUGCAGCAUUCAGUAGAGAGACAAACCAGAGAAUAUGCUUUCUUAAUGUGAGUCCUGAUGAAGUCAUUCGCAGCUUGUUCUACAAUAAGAAUAAUGAUUCACUCAUCACAGUUUCAGUUUAUGCCUCGGAUAAUUUCAGUUCCUUGAAAUGCAGAACAACCAGGAUUGAGUACAUACGAAGAGGAAAGCCUGAUGCUGGUUUUGCUCUUUUUGAAUCCGAGUCACUUAAGUGGCCUGGUUUUGUGGAGUUUGAUGAUGUAAACGGCAAAGUUCUUACCUACUCUGCUCAGGACAGUAUAUACAAGGUGUUCGAUCUCAAGAACUAUACUAUGCUUUAUUCUAUAUCAGAUAAAAAUGUGCAAGAAAUCAAAAUCAGUCCAGGGAUCAUGUUGCUGAUAUUUACUAGAGCUGGUAGUCAUGUUCCUCUUAAGAUUUUAUCCAUUGAGGAUGGAACUGUCCUCAAAUCCUUUAACCAUCUCCUCCAUAGGAAUAAGAAGGUAGACUUCAUAGAACAGUUCAACGAAAAGCUUCUUGUUAAGCAAGAAGAUGAAAAUCUGCAGAUUCUUGACGUAAGAAAUGCGGAAUUUACGGAAGUCAGUAGAAUGGAGUUCAUGACUCCGUCAGCAUUUAUUUUCUUAUAUGAGAAUCAAUUGUUCCUGACAUUUCGUAAUCGGACAGUGGCUGUUUGGAACUUCCGAGGGGAGCUUGUGACAUCAUUUGAGGAUCAUCUUUUAUGGCACCCUGACUGCAAUACAAACAACAUCUACAUUACAAGUGAUCAGGAUCUUAUUAUAUCGUAUUGCAAGGCAGACUCUGAUGACCCAUUGGAAGGAAGUGCUGGUUCCAUCAAUAUCAGCAAUAUCUUGACAGGUAAAUGUCUUGCCAAGAUACGUGCAACUAGCGACAACCCCAAGGAUGAAAAUAGUGAUAGCAGUGAUAGUCCCUUUCCUGGUAGGAUGAAGAAGAGACUGUAUUCUGGAAGGAUCAGGAACACGGUAGCAGAAGCCUUGGAGGACAUCACUGCAUUGUUUUACGACGAAGAACGUAAUGAGAUUUACACGGGUAAUAGGCAAGGACUUGUACAUGUAUGGUCUAACUGAAAGGUGGCGACAGCUCUUAUUCUGCGUGGACAGAAUGACAAUGUUACUGGUUGAAGUGGUCGACUUCCUUCAUCAGGCCAGGUCUUUAGUGCUUCUUUUGCAACAACGCGUUGUUCUUUUAAUCAUUAAUUGUGCCCCAGCACUAGGAGGUGGGCAAUGUAGUUUUGAUCGAGUCGCCCAUCUUAGGUGUGUUAUCAGUGUUAUAUUUAGGCUUUCUGAGUUGCCUUCUAAUUUCAAAUAGGCCUUGUUUGUAAUCUGUCAGUCAUCAGUUGUACACUAGUCACAAACUUGUUUGAUUAGUCUUUAACAGCAAAUUUAAAAUUUGUCUCAAUGCCAUCAAGGCAUAUUUUAAGCAAUCUUGAAGC